CCUGCUCUACUUCGUCAUCCAAUAGCUUCUUUGUUUUUUUCAUUGGUUUUUUGACCGAAUGUCCGGUCGAACUUACCCGUAACUCGACCACGCAUAAUAUCAAACAAACAAACAUUCCCAAAAAAACGCAUUAAAACCUACUGGUCCACGCUGUUUAUUAUUUGAAAUUUAUAUAUGAUUGAACCUCAGUUCAAUGGCAUAUCUGAGAAACACAAUCACACAAUGCAAAAACAUGAGACAGCUCAAACAAAUCCAUUCCCAAAUCAUAACAUCACCAUACCUACCCGAAACAGAUCGCUAUUUCCUCAUUUCUCGUCUGCUCUUCUUCUGCGCAAUCUCUGAUUCAGGUUGUCUCAGCUAUGCCACUCAUGUCUUCAGACUUCUACACAACCCAAAUCUCUUUGUUUACAAUGCUAUGAUCAGAGCGUAUGCUAGUAAAAUUAACAAUGGGGAUCGAUCCAAUUCAUGUCAGGCCUUGGUUUUAUAUAAGCAAAUGUUGUGUAAUGGCAUUGAACCUGACUGUCUAACAUUCCCAUUCCUUUUGAAAGAUUGCUCAACAAGGACAGACUAUGGCACGGGUCGAAGCAUUCAUGGGCAUGCUAUCAAGUAUGGGUUUCAUAAUGAUAUAUUCAUUCAGAAUUCGUUGAUUAGUUUGUAUUCUGCUUGUGGGUUUUGUAAUAGUGCACGGAAGAUAUUUGAUGAAAUGUCGAGUAGAGAUAUUGUUUCUUGGAAUUCAAUAAUUAUUGGGUGUUUAAGAAGUGGGGAUCUUGAUUCGGCACUGGAUUUGUUUAGGAGGAUGAAGAGGAGAAAUAUCAUUACUUGGAACUCGAUUAUAACGGGGUUUGUUCAAGGGGGUUGUCCAAAGGAAGCUAUAGAAAUUUUCCAUGAAAUGCAAAUUCUAGGCGACGAUAUGGUUAGACCUGAUAAGAUCACCAUUGCCAGUGUCCUUUCAGCUUGUGCCUCUUUGGGUGCAAUUGAUCAGGGGAAUUGGGUUCACAGUUUCUUGAAGAGAAGUGGGGUAGAGUGUGAUAUAGCCAUAGGAACAGCAUUGGUGGACAUGUACGGUAAAUGUGGUUGCAUAGAAAGAGCAUUUGAGGUCUUUAAGGAAAUGCCUAAGAAGGAUAUUUUAGCAUGGACAGCUAUGAUUUCUGUAUUUGCGCUUCAUGGGUAUGGUAAAGAGGCUUUCGAUCUUUUUACAGAGAUGGAAGCACUUGGAGUGAGGCCGAACCCUGUGACGUUUGUUGGGUUGUUGUCUGCCUGUGCUCAUUCGGGGUUAGUGGAGAAAGGCCAAUGGUGUUUUGAAAUGAUGAAACGUAUUUACUCCAUUGAGCCGCAAGUCCAACACUAUGCUUGCAUGGUUGAUAUACUUAGUAGAGCUGGGCUAUUUGAUGCGGCAAAAGAGCUUAUCAGAAAUAUGCCAAUGGAGCCAGACGUGUUUGUUUGGGGAGCUCUGCUUGGAGGCUGUCAAAUGCAUGGCAAUGUAGAUUUAGGAGAAAAGGUUGCACAAUACUUGAUCGAUUUGGAACCUCUAAACCAUGCUUUCCAUGUUAUUUUGUGUGAUAUAUAUGCCAAAGCUGGUAGAUUUGAUGAUGUGAAGAGAAUUAGAGCUUUUAUGAAUGAUAGAGUGAUUACGAAGGCAGUUCCAGGCUGUAGCAUGAUUGAAAUUGAUGGCAUUGUUCAUGAAUUCUCUGCGAGAGGAUCACCUGAAGUUGCGUUAGAGGAUAUAAAGCGUGUCUUGAAUUGGUUAAGUGAUGGGAUGAAGAUGGAAUGGGAUGUGAUUGAUUCCAUUAACAAUUCUUUAUAACAGCUACUUCUAUUUUUAAAUACACUGUACCUGGUUCAGAUGAAUUCAGCAAUAGAUUCAUGAAGGCCUUUGAUAACUCCAAUGUUAUUGUAUAUCGGUGAUAUGUUGAUUGAAGGAAGAUUAAGAGCUUUCUUAAUGUUGGCUUUGGAAGCAACUCUUGAGCAGAACAUGAAAAUGGUAGACAAUUCUGUUUACAAAUUAUUCCAGGGCAAUAGGGAGCAGAUGAAAAAUGCGAAGGGUGAUGUGAGUAAAUUUUACUCUGAAAAUAAUACUAUUUUAUUUGUUCAUUUAUUCAAUAAUUUACCUGUAUUAUGGACUAAUUCAUAGAGAGGGAAAGAAGAUAUUUCAUCAAGGUUUUUGGUGGAGAGUGAAAGAUCUGAAGAACAUGACUGAUAAGUAUUUGAGAGAUAUAACGCCCAAUUUUAUUCUUUCCUGCAAGGACAACACAGUCGCUUGGUUCUUUUAGAUGCCAUGUAUGUAGGCAUCCUUUUGAUCAUCGGAAGAAGAUUGCACAGGAAGUCAACUGUUAGAGAAGCAACUGAAGUUGAGAAUAACAUAUCUACUGAUGAAUUUGCCAAUGGGUUAACUGAAGCAACUGUGGACAAAUGCAGUAUCCUCAUGCAGCACUGAUUCAGACUCAGAUUAUCCUGAAGUUCCUGUGGUAAUUCUGCACACCAUGAACCAACAUAUUCAUCUGAUCCUCUGUAGUUACAACAUGGAGUGGCAAAGGGGUCAUGGAAAAAUAGUCUAAUGCAUUGUGAUUUGGGAGCUUCCUAAUACCCUUAAAAUUUCUUUUUACACCCAUCUCAGGCAUAGCAAAACUUGUACUUUAUGAUGAAAAUCCUUGUACCUUAAAGAGAAAGUGGUUGUAUAGACAAAAAUUAGGUUUGUAUUUAGAAAUUAGAAGCACCUGUAGGGAAUCCAGCUAGUUUCUUCUUUAACCCCCUCCUCCUGCACAGAAAAUAGGUGAGCAUGGUACUGAGAUUUAGACUAUGGUCACAAACGUGCAACUUAAAUAUCAACUCUUCUGUUCUAUUUGAUUGUGGAAGUCCACCUCUAAUGAAUCAAACCAUAUUCACUCAUAAUUAAUAAGUAAUUGCUAACAUUCUUUUUAUAAACUAUUAAUUUCACUUUCUUUCUGGAUGCAGUCUUUGAUGUGACGAACUUGUUAUCACUUGUGUUUCUCUUUCUCUUUUUAUAACUUGUUAUGGUGGUGGCAGUAGCCCCAUGGCUUUGAUAUGAAACUAGCAUACAAAGUUGUUAUUUCUGUACGGAAUUCAAAAUCCACAUUCUUCAUGAUUCAGGCUUACUUGGUGAUGAACAUAGUUUUGCACUUCCUAAUCUUCAGCGAAUGGAAGCUCGGUGUUCAUUUCAUUCAUGGAAAGAGGAUGGAAAUAUCCUACCUGAUGGCUCCAAAAUAAAGAAAGGAGAUGGCGUAAACUACGUGGCUUAUGCCAUGGGAAGGAUUGCAUACUUUUGGGAUGCUGAGGAAUUCCAUCCUUUAAAAUUCACUGCAUUUCAGGUCAGCAAUUGCUUUUCCCUUUCUCGCUCCUUUGACAACAUAAUGCAAUGUUUCUUGAUCCCCUAGGAAAGGAAUUUGCUUAUGGGCAAAUGAAAAUUUUAGCUUAUUUCCUACUCUUCUGCUUCAAAUUUGAAUUGUGUUCACCCUUCACAUUGAUAAUGGGCUUCAUGUGUACACAUUUUCGCAGUUAUGACUAGAACUUUGCAAGUGUUUGUUGA